AUCAAUUGGGUUUGAACCAUGUUACGAUCUGGUGGUUCGAUGGUGCAAAACCCUGGAUCUUCACAACCCGACCCUUUAAACUGCCCACGAUGCGAAUCAACAAACACCAAGUUCUGUUACUACAACAAUUACAACAAAACCCAACCUCGAUACUUUUGCAAAGCUUGUAAGCGUCAUUGGACCAAAGGUGGCACUCUUCGUACUGUCCCCAUUGGCGGUGGGCGGAAAAACAAGCGUCUUAGACGGCCUACGAGAGCCACCAUCACCGCCACAACCGCCGCUAGGAUCAUCAACAACCCCUCUAAAGAUCAGAAGAAUAGUCUUCUCCCACUCGAUGCUGAUCAUAAAGUGUCCUUCUUCAAACCAAUUACCGACAGUGACAGGAGAGAUGAUGAAGAAUUAUACACCAAUAUCGAAGAAUUAAAGGGUUUGGUUUCUUGGGAUUUUUAUGGAGGUUUUAUAGGUUGUACGAUGAUGCAACAGUCGUUAGAUCAUGGAGAUGAUCAUCAUCCAAUAUUAGGGUUCUCCAAGCUCUCAGACGCAAACCCUAGUUCAAGAUCGUUAUUGGAAAAGAUGGAAAACGAUGAGGAUUCGACGGUUACACCAAGAAGCAAUUUGUUGGAGCAAAGCAAUUGCAAUUGGAACUGGAACUGGAAUGAUCUUGACACCAUGGUUCUAGAAGAUCUGAAUAAGCCCUGGGAAGACCCAGAAUUCAAAACCUAAUUUGAGGUGACAUUGUAUCAAGAAAGUUAAUCUUUCUUAUGUUUAUCUUGAUCGAUCUGAUCUUGUUC